AUUUGUCAAGAGCUGCAUUUAUUACAUACCAGUGGCAGCGCUUUGUUUUUCACCCGGCUCUAAUUAACACCUGAGCAGAGCUCUGUGUGUAAACGCUCCCAGGGGUUUGGUGGCCGUGCCAGGUGUGUCCUUGGGGACAGCAGGCAGCAAAACCUCCUCGGUGCUGCCACGUCGCAGCCCCGGGGGUGGGACGGCAGCAGAAGGUGUCUGGCCGGGAUCGCAUCCCGAGCAUCGUCAGCCGUGGGAGCCCGGGAGGCACAGAGCGCUCGCACGUCUGAAAUAAGAGCCUCGGGGAGCAACCCGUCCCCUCCUGCAGCCUUCUGACCGCCAGCAUGGCCUCACCCAUGAGGAGCUUGCUCACCAACCCCACCAGAUACCUCCAGGCUUUCCGCCUCUUCCUCGCAAAUUCGACGGAGCACCAGUGCAUGCGGGAGUUCAUGGAGCGGCAGCUGCCGGCGGUGAUCGCCAGUAUUGGAAACGAGAAGCCUACAAUCAAUAUUCUAAGUGUUGGUGGUGGAGCAGGUGAGAUUGACCUGCUGAUCCUCUCAAAAAUACAAGCCAGCUAUCCAGGGGUCACCAUCAACAAUGAUGUGAUAGAGCCAAGUGCUGACCAAAUCUCCAAGUACAAAGAGCAUGUGGCAGAGACAUCAGGCCUCGAGAACGUAAAGUUUACCUGGCAUGAGGAGACAUCUCAUGAAUAUGAAAGUCGAAUGAAUGCAGAAAAGAAGUCUAAAAAAUGGGACUUCGUUCACAUGAUCCAGAUGCUGUAUUAUGUGAAAGACGUCCCAGCAACUAUCCGGUAUUUCCACAGCCUCCUGGAAGCACAGGGGAAGCUCCUCAUCAUCCUGGUGUCAGGAGCAUUAUUUAUGGCAGAGGACUGCAAGGAUUUGAUCAAAAUUCAGAUCAGUGAUUGCAGAUGAGUUUGCUGACAGCAAUUGCCUCCCCCAUGGCUGCUGUUGCUCAGGUCUGUAAAGCCCAAAGAGGGAGGUGGCUCUUCCCAUGGCAGCUGGGUGACCUCUGGGACCUCUACUCAGCCUUUUCAUGCGUUCAAGACAAGACAACAACGUCGUGGACAAGAAGAGUUUUGAAGGGGAACAUCCAGUGUCCAGUGCAGGAGGUCCCUGAGCUGAAGUAGGUGGAAAAAUAUUGAAGAAAACUAUUCUAUGUGCUUGCCCUCUAUAUAUAAGAUGUAUAGGAUACUCUUCCCUAGGUCCCCACCUGCAACCACAACUAGAGAAACACAAACAAUCAUGCUAGUCCAACCAUUUAGAGCUUGUUAUAGCCCAAGCUGAAAGGACCAUCACUGCAGAAACUAUACAAGAAAUCAUGGCACAGAAGUAUUUGUACCUUGCUUGCACAGCCCAUGGGAGCAUGAACCCUGACAUUCUGCAUUUAAUCCCAGGGAAGACACAGGCGGUGGUGUGUUACUGUAAUAUUUCCAAGCAAAUUCUGAGUAAAAGGCUUUUUGCUAUACGUGUACAUAAAACAGGUUCUCUCAGGUUUUGCAAUGUGAGAGUAGAUGCUAAAGCUUACUGAAAUUACAGCUUUCUGGAAAACAAAACCCAAGAAAACUUGAGAGUUAGCAGUGACAGAAUAUUUCCAUCAGAAGCUAUUACUGGGAGUGGGAUCUUAUUUUGAGAUAAGUGAGUUGAACUGCUGCUCAGCUGGACAUACUGCAGGGACAGAAGGCAAAUUAUGAAACAAAUAGUCAAGUACCUAUGGGCUGCUGUAAUACUGUAAUGCUGUAAUAGUAUGGAGGAUAAAAAAAUACAUUUGGAAAAAACCCAAAAAAUCGCAAAAGCUUUUACUGUGCUGAAGGCAGGGUCUCUGCAGCACGAACUUCGCAGUAUUUCUGGUUCCUCAGGUCUGGUCCUGGCUACUCCCCCUCUCGCUUUGCAGAGGCUUUGAGGCUGUGCCCUGAGGCAGAAAGCAGGGCCUGCUGGAAGGCAAAGGACCACAGCAGAGAAAUUUGGGGUUUCUUACCUUGCAGGUGAACCUCAGGCCACCCAGCUGAACAGUUGAUUUAAACCCACACGGCAGGAAAUGUUAACCCAGAUGACUAAGGGAAACCUCAUUCUGGCAUGAUUUAUAGAGAGGGUACAACUGCCCUGUAACCAAGCAAGGGACACAGAUGCCGUGGUUUACUGUUCAAAUGGCUUAUCGAUGUGUAAGGUCGUUCAUCACACAUUGCUUUAGACUCCCAGGCCAAUACGUAUAAAAGCCUGUCGCACAACAAGCGCAGCCUUUUUGGCUCCCAUCUGCCCACAGCAGCCUUUCCAAUGUUGCUAAUUAUGUCCCUGCACAUUACUGUAUUGGCUACAACUUGCCUCCAAACUACGGCUGUACUGAUGUGCCCUGAGGGUGGAUUGUGUUAACGAACAAAAAAGACACAAGGUCUCUGUUUAAGAGCCUGUUUCAAAGCCCAGAAGUUAUAAGCUCGACCUCUGGACAACCACACUUCCAUUUGGAAGGCAGAGCUGCUCCAAGACUGCCUUAUUUGUUUCACUUUGUUUGCUAUAAUUCAGUUUCUCAUGUCUUCCAUGGCAGCAUGCUCGCAUUAGCAAUGCAUGGAAGGGCUCAAUUUCUUUUACAAUCAAAAAAGAAAGAUAAAAAGUAGACACACUGAGAAGACGAGAUAAGCUACAGAGGGACCCCAAGAGAAGCAGAGCUGCUCUGAGCCCGGGCUGCGCUGCAGGAGAGGCUGAGAUCUCCAGCUCUUCCCAGAAAAGGUGUGAGCGGGGAAGUGGCACUUCCUGGAAAAGCUUCCUCUCAAAUGUUAUGAAAAGCAUGGAAAUCAAUUAAAACAACUUUAAAAUAGGAAGGUCUUUUCCUUCUUUUUUUUUUUUUUUCUUUUUCUUCCCAGAGCACACUUCUGCACUCCCAAGGCUCUCACUGACCUACAUAGAGGAACAUGUCUGGCCUAAUGUGCAGACAAAAGCUAUUCUGUUUAUUAAUCAAGGACAUGUGCUAUGGCAGCGCUGGGCAGCCCAAGCCCUUGGAGGAGCCCAGGGGCUCAGGCUGUAGCUCCCAGCACCAAGGUGCCCCGGGGCCAUGCCAGGAGUCCUGAGGACAGCAGGCAGAGCCGCUGGCACCCGUUCAGGGCAAGGCUGAACAGAGGAGUUAAGCCCCCACCAUUUUUAGGGUGUAGACUUUUAUUCCAGUCGUUAGGCAUCUUCGUACCUAGGAGUCAAACUGGAGGAAGAUGAUGCAGCCUCACCUUGAGUGUAUCUACUUCACAGGGGAGAAACCCCUUCCUUGUGUUCUCCAUGUGAUUUGGAGGAGGUUGGUGAGUCAAAUCCUCCCACAGCGAUGUCCUCACCACUGACAUGGAUUAUUUACAUGCAAUGCAGUAGUGCUCAGGGAACACAUACUGGGGACACACAACACUGGUCUCACCAGCAUCUACCAUGCCAAACAGCCUGAUUUUAAGAUACUUUAUUAGAAGAAACAGAUCACUCCUGUUUAGAUACAAGAUCUCAAUCACCUAAUGCUUUUCGGUCGUGAACCUCAUGCUGUGAGCUGCUGCUCUGAGGCUCUAGCAGUGCAUGCUCACUUGCAUGCAGAGAAAACAGAUGCGGUGUCCUUGUGAGGAUUUGAAGCUUGAGCUGGACCUUGUCACUGUUUUAACCUUCUAACAGGUAAAUCAACAGGCAAGGAGGGUGCAUAGAUAGGAAGGGGGGAGAGGGCUGUGACACCCAGCCAGUGCCAGGUAGUGAUGGACACCCAACCCCUUAUCCCUCUUCCAAACAAUGGGCAAGACUACCAAAAGCAAUUCUAACCUCAGAGCAAUCGGUAGCUGCAGGAGUACAAUGAGAUGGCUGCAAUCCAUGUAAAAAGAAGCAGCCUUUGCCCUCUGAGUGCCACACCACUGCUGAAGGUGUUGUAGGCUCACAGCCAUGGCGAAUUUUAAAGAUGGGGUUGGAGAAGGACGCAGGUGCGGCAGACCUUCAAAAAACUGCUUAAGAUACCUGGAAAGGAAAUUUGGUAAGUGCUCUUCUUAAAAAAUCCAAUUGUACUGAGACUGUUAACAUAAAUGGAGUAGGGAAUAGGAUAUUGUGUAAUGGAGUUUUUAAUUACAAUUCCUUUUGCUUUUGUAAAAAACAUUAAAAAGUCAUGAUGUGACCAAC